AUGUCUCUUCUCUCUCCCAGGACGCUCAUGGGACCAUACGGAAUGGAUCGAGUCGCACAUUGUUUUGAUUUCUAUGACUGUGCAAACGGGCUGGGUAUUAAGGUAAUUGGUGGUAUCAAGGAGCUCACAGGAGAAGAACAUGGAGUUUAUGUCAAGAGGAUCCUACCAGGAGGUGUUGCUUAUGCAGAUGGUCGCCUGCAACCAGGAGACCAGAUCCUGGAGGUCAACGGAGAUUCCUUAAUUGGAGUUACAAGUGAGAGGGCCAUAGAUAUUCUCAGAACAGCGUCCGCCACCAGCCACAUGCGCCUUCUUAUAGCCCGAGAUGAUGAUGCCAGGAGAGAAUUCUCUGAGCUGAUGGAGAAGUUUGGCUCUCAGAGCAAUACAGGCUCAGCACGGAGUUCUCCUGUUCCGCAUGGUGGAAGUCGAUAUCUGGAAAGUACAUCCUCGGGGUCCUCCUCACGCUCACAGAGUCCACUGCUACUGAGCCCUGCAAAUUCUCACAGCCCCUUCCUCGGAAACUCGGCACACUCUCUUCACUCACAUUACUCCAUUGAAUCAGGAAUCCAGAGCAUCUCUAUAGCAAAGUCCUCUGGCUUAGGGCUGACAAUCAGUGGUGGAUCUAACAGGCCUGAUGGCCCCAUGAUUUAUGUUCAAGAGCUUACGCCAGAUGGUGACUGUUACAAGGAUGGUCGGCUCCGUCCUGGUGAUCAACUGAUUGCUAUCAAUAAAGAUUCUUUGGUGGGCAGCACAUAUGAAGAGGCCAGGAAAAUAAUUGCAAAAACCAAAUUCAGACAUGAGGGAAGCACAGAAGUGGCCUUUAUUCCUGGAAGGGGACGAUUACAUCCUGGACUAUCAGUUCAUAACAACAUCCAGUCAUCUCCUCCAAAGGCUGUGGGAAAUGGUCUAAGUUCCUGCAGAUUGAAGGUCCAUGCAAGGUCCCCAGAGAAUAGACGUGAAAAUCUUUUUCCUGUGCCUUCUUUGUCACCAGACAUUUGCCCGCCAGAGCUCACUGUCUCAGCACCUGCUUCAGCAUCUAAUCAGAAAGCAGCUUCAAGCAGCAAACCAAAAGUAGCACUGGAUCCUCAUAUUCGUCUCAAGGAUGGAAAACUGGAACUGGUUCUGCAGUAUCUUGGUCUGGAUGUGACUGAGGAGAAGAAGAGGCAGUUACGGCAAAGUUUGACAACAGACUCGCAGGGAACAGUGGCCUAUGGAGAUUUUCUCCAAGCACUCGGGGAUCUAAUGCGGGAUGAGCUGGAUGAGGCCGGCCUUGAUUCCAGCUCAGUGCUCUUCAGUCAACAUGAAGUAGCCAGUUUGCUGGAUACAUCUGCUUUUCACUCUUUGACUUUUGACUCUCUCAACUGUAAUGGCAAUGAGGAAGUGGAGCAGCUGCAGCUGGAAAUGACAGAUCUGCGGCAAGAAGUCCGAAGGCUAAAGUCUCUCCUGAAAGAGGUAGAGAACAGUAAGAAGUCAAUGGAAGAUGAACUUCAGAGACUGAACCAGAAAGCACUGGGCUUCCUCUCUGAGAACCGGACCCUGCACAGCAAGCUGCAGAUGGCAGAGGUUGUGCAGAGACAGGCUCACAGUGCAGAGCAGGACUAUGAGGAAGUGAUCCACUUGCUGGAAGCUGAAAUUGCUGAACUGAAGAUGGAGCUGGCAGGGAAGAGAGCAAAACAUGUCUCUGAAAUAGAGGGGGACAUUUUGGAACUGAAAAGGCAGUUGUCCCUGGCUGAUGGCCAGUUACGAAAAUCGGAAGUCUCACGGAAGCGUCUGGAGAUCUGCAAUAGGAAGCUGCUCUUGUUUGUGCAGAAUGUUCACAAGGUCCUGAGCACAUCCAGUCAUUUGCCAGAUGAGAAAAGAGCCAACAGUGAAACAGAAGAGGAUAAAACAGAUGCAGUCUCAGAUACAUCUCUUCCAUCUUCAGAUCUUGUUGACCUUUUGCUAUCAGAAGCUAAAGAACUGUUAGCACCAAUCCUCUCCAACAAGGAUGCUUUGCCAUGUGACUGGGACCAGUGCCUGCCUACUGAAGGAAUCUCAAAUUACAAGGACCAUCUUCAUCAAAAGACCACGUGGCCCCCUCCCUCAAGCCAGAACAAGAAUGAUGAGCCAGAGCCACUGAGUCCAACGAACAAAUCUCCUGAGAAGCCUACAUAAAUCUCCCACAAC